GCAGGAAAGAACGGCCGACCAGGGAUUCGACGAUACCCGCGGUGGCAGCAGCUCGGGGGGUGCCCCAGAGGCGGAGCGGAGCCCCAGCCCCCCAGCGCCGGGAUGACGCUGAACACCCAGCAGGAUCCCCAGACGGUCCUGAGAAGACGAUCCAGCACCCCACUGUCCCUAUCGCCAAAGCCUAGCUCAGGCCUUUUGGCGCCAAAGCCCCCCAGGAGAUCGAAUCACCCCCAGCUCUGCCAGUCAUCCUCUCUCAAUCCCCCCCCUCGGCCUCCCUCGCCUGCCCUGGACAACUGGUCCUCUGACUCCAGUGAUUCUAGUGACUCUCUCUACCGUGUAGUGCUACUUGGAGACCCCAGGGUGGGAAAGACCAGCCUGGCAAACCUUUUUGCUGGUAUACAGGAUCGAGACCUACAGGAACAUCAGGGAGAGGACAUGUAUGAGAGGACCCUGUCUGUGGAUGGAGAGGACAUGACGCUGCUGGUUAUGGACAACUGGGAGUCAGAGAAGCGGGAUGAGAAGAGCUGGCACCGUGAUUACUGCCUACAAGUGGGCAGUGCCUAUGCGAUUGUGUACUCCAUCACAGACCGAAGCAGCUUUGAGAGUGCUUCUGAGUUGCGCAUUGAGCUCCGAAGGGCCCGCCAAGCAGACAAUAUUCCUAUCAUCCUGGUGGGGAAUAAGGCAGACCUGGUGCGCUGUCGAGAGGUCUCUGUGGAAGAGGGUCGGGCUUGUGCUAUGGUAUUCGACUGCAAGUUCAUUGAGACUUCAGCAGCCCUGCAGCACAACGUAGCAGAGCUCUUCGAGGGCAUUGUGCGCCAGAUCCGCCUGCGGCAGCUGGGCCAGAAGGCAAAUGGCCCCCGUCUUCCAGAGCCUCGCCCUAAGAGCCUCAGCCAGAGGGCCCGACGGUUCCUGGCCCGGCUGGCCACACGAAACAACAGGAAGCUAGCACUGAAGGCCCGAUCCAAAUCCUGCCAUGACUUGUCUGUGCUUUGACACGAGGCUCUACCUCACUGGGCUCCAAGAACAUAAAAAGGAGAGGGGAAGGACCAUCUAGCCUGGGACCAGCCCCAGAGGCUCCCGCAGCUGCCACCCCCACCCCCCAUAUAGUCACCUCCCUGCUGCACUGAACCAAAUAGUUUAUCCUCCAGGUAUCGUUGAUGUUUCCAGCCAUAAUGACUCCAAAUUGGGAGGAGAGGGAUUCCCAGGCCUGCAGAGGAAGAGGCAGAUUGGAGGGGGGCAGCCCAUGUCCAGGGGGAUGGACCUAGAAGUACUGUUCAAUCCUACCAGGCACCUCCUCCUUCACACCCACAAACGGGGAGACCUAUGUAGUCUGGGUAAUCCCAGAGAACAGAAUCCUGGCACCCCUGCUGUGAUGUGUAUCUGGAGGGAGAGUGCCAAUGUUGGGCAAGAGAUCCAAGUGCCAGCCCUAAGCCCCCCAUGGAUAGCAGUGGGCAGCAAGCUGAGGGAGAAGGCUGCUGGGUAGACAGCUCAGGUGGUGAUAAAUAGGGCCAAUGAAACCAUCUUUUUUGAGGGGGAGAAACUCCCUAGCUGGAGAUAGGAUGGGCAGACUUGGAGGAGAUAAUGCCACCAUCUAUACCUUUUUGUACUACCUGUCUCACCACCAAGCUAUCCAGCCAACUAUGGCCCCAGAAGCUCCUGCAAUAAACCAGACCUGAGAGGUGUCCCA